ACGAAGAACGAAAUGGAGAGGACGAAGAAGCACCUCUCGGCCGUUGCCAAUGAUCUGCUCCGGAGAUGCGCUCAGACAUUGGACACGUCAGUGGAUGCUCUUGUGCAGGAUUUUGAACUGGGCUUGAAGCCUGAAGUGGAUAAUUACUCUAGAAAACUAGUAGAAUUUUGCAGCUCAAAAGCACUCGAGGUUCUAUGUUGUAACACUGGAGAGAGAAUCGGUAAUGGAUCUCUUAGCCGUUUCACUUUCGAUAUGAUGCUUUCAUGGGAGACCCCGAGCUCUGCUGAUGACGAGUCCUACUCGGAAGCACUUGCAAAGGAAGCAGAAGAUGAGAAGAAACCUCUAAUAGGAAAUGAAGGGCAGUUCAAUGAUGAGAUUCCCCUUUUCUAUUCAGACAUCAUGCCACUUCUAGUAAAUGGAGAGCGGAGUGUUGGCGAGGAAGCAUUUGUAUGGUUUGGAUCCUUGUUUCCUCUGGUCGCUGAUGUCACUAAUGCACGGUUUACCUUUGAAACUCUUACGGCACCAACUGCAAGCAAGCUGCACUAUCCUGCUUAUGAUAGAUUUCUAAGAGAAAUUGACAAGUGUAUAAAGUACCUGCUGAAGCAGUCAACACCAACAGGAUUCAAAUUAGCAGAAGACGAGUUCAUACUACAUGUGGAUGGAACUGCUAGCACCCAGAGAGUGAUCAAUCAUAUUGGAUCAACAAGUUGGCCAGGUAGACUCACUUUGACAAAUAAGGCACUCUAUUUUGAAGCAUCGAAAGCAAUAUCGUACGAAACUGCUUUAAGAAUUGAAAUUUGGAAACCUGAUGUUGAUCAUCAAGUGAAGGCAGCUUCAACAGGUCCUUGGGGUGCCCCUUUGUUUGACAAAGCUAUUGCAUAUGAGUCCUCUCAGUUGCCAGAACCUGUAAUCUUGGAGUUUCCAGAAGUGACUAGUUCCACGAGACGCGAUCACUGGCUUACUCUAGUAAAGGAAAUCAUAUUACUCCACCAAUUCAUAUCUAAAUUCGACAUAGAAUACCCUCUACAAGCAUGGGAGAUGCAUUCAAGAACUAUUUUAGGAAUCAUAAGACUUCAUGCAGCAAGAGAGAUGCUAAGAAUAGCACCACCGGCACCAACAAAUUUUCUAAUCUUCUCCUUGUUUGAUGACCUCCCAAAAGGGGAUUAUGUGCUUCAGGAACUAUCGAGUAGCUUAAAGAAGACGAAUAAUAUGCACCCUUGUAGUGCUACUUCCACAUUAAAGAGCUUAGGGAUGAAACAUCCUACUAUCGAAAGCAUGGAGAUGAAAGAAGGGAUUGAAGAACCGUUGAUAAAGGAAGAGGAGAGCUUAGCUUCUUUGGGAACGACCAUUGAUCAAGUAAGGGAGGAAGCGAAGGAAACUAAUAUUGCUAAAGCUACAGUUGAAGGGAUGAAAGAGGAAGGGAUUAGUGAUAGUCUUCUUGUACUUGUGGAGCUGUUGAGCCCCGUUCAUAAUGUUCAACCUUUACUUCAAAGUAUCAUUAGGUGGGAGAGACCUAUGAUAUCUUUAUGUGUACUUGUGAUGGCCAUGGUCAUCACAUACAAAGAAUGGGUUGGUUAUGCCUCAGCUGCAUCCCUUAUGUGUGGCGUUGGAAUGAUGAUGUGGGCGCGGCAUCAGAAGGUUGGGAAAUUACCUGCAGUGGUUUUGGUCUCGACUGCAUCUGAUAAGACGACCAUGGAAAGCUUAGUUGCUGCUCAACACAGUUUGAAGAAUUUACAUGAAAUGGUCAAGAAAACAAAUAUAGCGAUACUGAAAUGCCAAUCGAUUGUUGUAUCCAGAGCUCCCAAGCACACAGCUCAAGUGAUGCUGGCGAUGACCGGAGCCGCGGCACUGCUCGCUGCAAUUCCUUUCAAGUUCGCAGUAAUGAGCUUGAUUGCAUACUUGUUCACGUUAAAUCUAAAGCUUGGGCAGUCAUCUGUGUCAAAUGGGCAGGCAGACAGAAGGCUGAGGGAGUGGUGGGACGCAAUUCCUGUCGUUCCUGUCCGCACCGGGUGAGUGAGUUGAAGGUCUGUAUCUGGGGGAC